AUGUCGCCGGAUAUGAAGCGCCGCUUGGGAGCUGUCCUCGGAAUUUUUAAAGCUGUCGUUCACUACGGAUAUAUGCCCCUCAUUCUAUAUCUUGGAUUUCUGAAAGGAUCUGAACCAGGCAUGCCUGUCAUCUCUCCGAUGAGUCUGAUGUUGCGAAGCUUAACGCGUCGAGUUGUAAUGAACAAAUGGUCUGCGCCCGCUGCAUUAUCCCAUCCGAUAUUCCAUCCCGACUUGGUGUCUCUGAAACCAGGAACGCGAGAGUAUUCGAUCGUCUCAUCUCCUGAUGCAUCCUAUGGUGAGGCUAUUGUCGCUUUGAACGGUUUGCAAUCUAACGCUGAAACGUUACGGAAAGGAAAACAGCGGCCACACACGGAUGAAAACUUGUCAAAAGUUAACCAGUAUUUGAGUCGCAUUGGGUUAUCACCGUCGGACUUAAACGCGCUACAUGCAAUGCAUGUUGCUGGUACGAAGGGGAAAGGAUCUACCUCUGCGUUCGUGGAACAAUUAUUACGAGAUUCCGGGUUCAGAACUGGAAUGUUCACUUCACCACAUCUUAUAUCCGUCAAUGAACGCAUCAAAAUCGAUGGGAUUCCGUUGACCAAAGGGCGUUUUGCUGAAUAUUUUUGGCAUGUCUAUAACGCCUUGGAUGCCGCAAAGGAAGGCGAUGAAGACAUGCCUUCAUAUUUCCGAAUGUUGACGGUGUUGGCCUUCUCAGUUUUCCUGAAAGAAAAUGUUGAUGUCGCCGUGAUUGAAGUGGGAGUCGGUGGAGAGUACGACUGCACGAAUGUUCUGCCGUGCCCGAAGGUCUGUAUUAUCACGACGUUGGAUUAUGAUCACACGAAGAUCCUCGGAAACACUCUUGGAGAAAUUGCCUGGCAAAAAGCUGGGAUUUUAAAACCUGAUGUCCCGUGCGUUGUUGCGUAUAAUCAAGUGGAUGAAGCCUUGGAGGUGAUAAAGAAAAGAUCUGUGGAAAAGAAGUGUCAAAUUAUGGUGGCGCCGUCAUUUGAGAGUUACAUUUCGACUACUCCCAUUGAACUUGGAAUCAAAGGAAAAGUUCAGCAAGUUAAUGCAUCCGUGGCAAUACAGGCUGUGGAACUGUGGAAGAAAAGAAUGAGAGAGCAUGUAGCUGCGGAUUCGGUUGAUUGUGUUCCAGUGGAAACCCUAGAUGAGGAAGUGAUAAAUUCCUUGAAACGUUGUUGGCUUCCUGGUCGUGCCCAGAUAAUUUCGAAAAAUGGAAUCAAGUUUUGUUUGGAUGGCGCUCACACAGUCGGCAGCCUGAAAGCCUGCAUGGAGUGGUUUGAGAGUGUGUUGAAUAACGGGGCAAGGGAAUUCAACAAGAUGAAAUGCGCGGAGAUCGCGGAGGUGAUCGUCUUGGCGCUCAUAUUCGCCGCCGCGAUGGUGUGCUGUGAUGAGAACACUCGCGAAAUUCGGAAAGAGCAAGCGAGUUCGAUUAAUAAUGCGGAAACUGACGAGAAGAUUCUUUCUCCUCCCAUUUCGGAGAAAGAACGCGAAACAACCGCGAAGAGUGACCGAACAAUUCCGGAAGCAGACCUUGCGGAAUCCAUAGAAUCUAUUCCGAAGGUUCAGAGCGAGAUUCCUUCCCCUGCCGCUGACGUUCUGUUGCUGAAAUCGGAGCCAUCGACGCUAGAAGUGUAUCCUGCUGAAAAUGCGAGCAUCAGAGAGGACAAUGGACUUAAAAAGUCUGACGAUGAAUCAGCAGCACCAUUGGGCGAUAUCGACACGUUUAGCGACUGGACCAAGAAGAAGCUGGAGGCUGUUGCGAAAGAAAGAGAAUCUGCAUCAGUUACUGCGCCGAGUAGCGUCCCAGUUAUUUCCAGUCCUACUUCGCGGAAUGUGCCCGGUCAAGGUGCGGCCAAUGCGCAAAAAGGAAAAUCGAAACGGAUAAGGAAAAAUUUUGCAUCUGCUGAUUGUGGUGCCAAAGUUCUUGCUGCUAAUGCUGAAGCGCAGAGUGCUCCUGCCAUGUUAUCAUCCGGGAUGGAUGAAUAUUUCCUCAGCCCUUGUGUGGUGAAGAAUUCGAUUUACUUCGUGAUUGAGUUGUGUGAAGCAAUUGAACCGAAUACGUUCGAGAUGGGGAAUUUCGAGCUUUAUUCCUCAUCACCCAAGAACUUUGCGCUUUCGAUAAGUGAUAGGUAUCCUACCCGCGAAUGGAAUCAGUUGGGGAUGUUCGAAGCAAGGGACGUGCGAGGUGUCCAAAAUUUCACCGUAUCAUCCUCUUCACGUCUUUUCGGAAAAUAUGUGAAGGUGGAUAUUCUGUCGCAUUUUGGGUCAGAGCAUUUUUGCCCAAUAUCCGUAUUCCGUGUCUACGGGACGAGUGAAUUGGAGGCGAUGGAAGAUAUUCAUGCUGAUAGACACGGUCCCUUGUCACGUAGUCCCAGUGGAUCAUUAUAUUCGUUGGAUGAGGACGGAUAUAUUGAUGAUGGUGAAGAUGAUAACGACGUCGAUGUGAUGCGACCAAAGAACUUAUUCGGUAGUGCGAAAGAUGCUGUGAUGUCAAUCGUGAAGAGAGCGGCGGAGGCAUUCACUACAGCGCUGGAUACUUUCGAAGAUGCUUUCGAGCGUGAUUUCCCGUUCAGAAACGCGCAGUUCAACAUCGAGUGGUUAAACGUCGCGGCUCCGGAGCAGAUCAUUGACGCCGUGUCUAAUGUGACUACGGCGAUUGCUGUUUACAAUCCUGUUGUAGCCGAAUACGCGAUGAGAACAUAUCUUUCACGAAACGUCAGGAGCACCAAAUCAUCUGAAGAGGUACAAGUCACUGAAGAUGGUGGUGCUAUGGAAGGCCCGUUGAUGGGAUGGAAAGGAAAAUGCGCAUGUCCUUCUCGAUGGGUUCCGGAAGGCGUUUCUGGCGAAGCCUGGGAUGCGUUUUCCUGUUCAAAUGCGGACGUUUUACUGCAUGCGUCUCCGCGAAGUUGGAGGCCCUGUUUUGAAUCCAUGGUUAUGGAUGUACGUGCCAGAUCUGCUGGCACAUGUUCCUGCAAUGGAAUAUCUCUACUUUUCGCCAGUUACCUGACCGAGCCUCAAAUCUUAGCACUCGGAGUAGCCGAAAGGCUUGAAUCAGUUAGAGACGGAGAAUUCAGAGCUUGCGACGGAAGGAAUAGUUUUAAUGAGUCUGCUGUAAAGCAGACCGUCGCCUCGAUUCCCGAGACUCCACCUUCUGCCGAAGCUGGAGAUCAGGUGGAAAAUCCGAUUCCGGUGAUCCUUGAAGAAAACUCCGGUCGUAAUUCGUCUGAAAUGACGAAAGAACCUCAGAGCACCGUGGCAUCGAAUAGUAUUCGAACAGCACCUGAGAAAGUGCUCUCCGCUCCGUCGAGUCAAACUGUGAUGAUCGUGGAACCCACUCCUGUGAUUGACAUCGUUUAUCAAGAAACCCGAAUUCAAUCCUCUCCGAUGGUCGACAUCGCUCCUGCGCUCGUCAUUCCGUCGAGCACGUCGGUCCCUACAGACGCGAGCUUUGUUGAUCCAGGGGAAAAACUACCUCCGAGUGAUGAGCCUACGGAAACUGUUUCCGUUAUGAUGCCAUCUGUGGUGGAUUCGAAGCCGAUAAAUGUUAUUGAUAAUGAUGAUGCCACAAUUGUCGCGAAGGCGGAAGAUACCUUGUCUUCGAAGACAACUCUCGAGCCUCUACAAGAAGCCAAGCCAGUGAAAUCAGAAACGGAGGGUAAUGGAUUUGUCAUCAUGCAGAAUUUGCCGAAUGCGAAUCAACCCGCAGGGAACAAGGAAACUGCAUUUUUGCGGUUAACAAACAGAGUGAAGGCUUUAGAACUCAAUCUUACCCUGAGUUCACUCUACUUGGACGAGUUGAGCAAGAGAUAUAAACGGCAGGUUGAAGAUUUGACGAAGGCAGUGAACAAGUAUCAGCAGCAAGUGAGCGAUUACGCUGCUGUUUCAGAUUCUUUGAAAAGCCAACUUGAAAUUGUGAAUACUUCGUUGGCCAGCGCAUUGUCUCGUAUUGGAUCCUAUGAAAGCAAUGCGCCUGUGUCUUCGCGAGUCUUCAUCGCGUCACAAGUGCUCAUGAUCUUCAUAAUAUUCCUUUCUUGGCGUCUCUGUCGGACCGAAAGAAGUCCUGCCCCAGUCAGUGAAACCGCACCGCCUGUAACAACUACUACAAGGCCAGAUCCAACUGUCGCUCCAGUUGUAAUGCGGCCCACAAAUAAGCGGAAUUCUUACGCGUGGCUCGAAUCUCCGCUACGAGCUGGUGUCGUUUGUGGACGCGCCGUUCCCGUUUCAAGUGGCUCCUCUCCGUCGAGACGGAUCCAACUAUUGCCGACGGUUGUUUCACGCAGUAGAGCGCCUAGCUAUUCUGGAGACGAAGUAAACCAGACUAGGCUGCGACUUAUUUCUGGCGCCGAUAUCCCUGAUGACGGCCUGCUGAAGAAAAUAAGCAACGGAGUGAAUCACGUUGCUGCAGACUCGCUUUUGAAAAUUCCGAUGACGACGGAUUUUGCGAUACAGUCGCUCAAGAGUGAUUUAACGGCGGAGACGCAGACCACGGUGUUGCCUGCGCGGAGGCAUUCGUUCACCUGCGACGACGAUGUAACCUGGGUCCAGGCUGGUCCUGGAAAGCAGAAACAAAAGCCGUCUGGGGCUAAAAAACGUAGUAAGAAGAAGAAUAAGUCCGUGUGGGAUUUGAAUGUGGGUCAGAAAAGUAGAAGUGGCAUUGGGACAGAUAAUCGUUGGGUGGGUGAUGCUCGACAGCGUGACAUUUGCAUCUGAGCUUGUAUGGAUCUCAUGAGAGUAUGAAGAACAUUUGUUGGUCGGAUUGGCUUUACGCUAUUUUGCGACGUCCUGAUUUAAGGGAAAUGUUUCUUUUGUUAGCUCGGUAAGGGAUUAUUUUUCUGCAAUUUUCUCCGUUCUAUAUUCCUACGUCAUUACUUUUUCGCAAAGUUGAAUCGUUUGUUCGAGAAUAAUGUUAUUGUCCGUCAUGUGAUCAUUUAUGUUUAAUAACACAGUAUGGUUAGAAUUGAGGUAUAGUAUUGAACAGCAAGGGAAAAAAUUAUAUUUCUUCCUUUUAAUCGUAUUUGACUGGAUAUCUGACUGGAAGUGGAUCGGCAUUACCUCGAACUUAGUUUUUGGUCAAGUUUCCGGUGACGACAAUUUUAUUUCGCGUUCAGUAUUUGUUUUCAUGCAAAUUUUCGUUCGGUUCCGUGAGAGAUUUUAAAAUAAUUCGCAUUGACUCCGUUCUGCCAAUACAACGUCCUGACCCGAUUUUCUGUCCACUGUAUUCUAUCCUUUGAAGUUAUUUUCUUGGCCGAUAUCGUCCGGCUCGUUCAUCUCAUGGAUGUCUAAAGACCGCGGUAUUUUUUUUUGAAAUUCAAUGUUUUAUAUUGUGCUCUCUUAUCUUCGUGUGUAAGAUUUAUUCACCCCUAACUUCUUGUUGGAGACGAGAUCUUGAAUAUUUAUUUUCUGCCAGACACGGUAUAUCUGCGGACUGCGGAUUUUCAUGCCCGGAGACGUAAAUGUGGAGGCUGUGCGUGAGAUUGAUUUAGGCUUCUCUCGUGUGAUUUUCGCCCAUCUUUUCCUGUGCCAAGAAUUUCAUCCGGUCCCUUCGUGAAGCUUUGUUAUUGACUUUCCGAUGUGCUCAAAUCAUCUGCGCCAUUUUUCUACCGAAUUUCCGGACCACCUCUGUGAGCCCGUUCGCUGUUUGAUUUUGUGUUCUCGAGUUUACUUAGACCAGAUUUGAUGGUUAAGCGCCGAAUGCUUUAGCAUAUUUUUUUCGACGCUGUUCGAUUACUCGAGAUCUCAGAGUUCAUUCGCUCUGCGACAUGCUUUUUGUGUGAUACGAGAAAGCCUCCGCGGCGCGGGAACCGGACUGUGAGGAGCAGGUUAGAAAUUACUGCCUGAUUUUUGUUCAUUAUUUUGAUUUUGUUUGGCGAAGAGUUUUAUCUGACGGGGUCUGAGUUGGAGAAAUUACGAUUGCUGUUUUUUUUUCUGAUUUCGAGACGAAAUUGAGGGUAAUUCUUUGUUUCGUGAUUGCUGUGACUUUCGAUUCCUAAUGUUUUGCGAGGAGUUGCCGGGAAGAGCGCUUCGGUGAGUGUUCUGAAUUAUUUGUAAGGGCAGACUGAAUAAGUCUUAUAAUGCGCAGUAUCGUGUUCCUUUUGGCCCGGUCGGAACCGUUCCCUGAACGAUUUAUUCAAUUUUUGGAGAGCUUAGGAUUAGUGCGGGAGGAAGGAUAUGUCUGCGAAUCGGAACCCGUGAGAACCAAGCGUUGUGAUGUUUGUGACGGUUUUAUUUCUGGAACCCUGAAGUUUCUGGGAGGGUUUUGUUUUCCGCGAGUCAAUUGUUGAGCGCUCCAUUCGUGUGAAAAAGGAACUUCUUUUUCGAAAGUAUAAA